GAAUUAAUUUAAUCUUUUUAUAAAAAUAUAAAAUUAUACUUAAGUAAUACAAAAUAUAAUAUUUAGGCCAAAGCAAAUAGGAUUAGAGAAAAAUACACUAAUUAAAUUAGGCAUUAAAUUCUUUUUUAAUUAAUACAGUUUAGUAUAUAGAAUAUUUUGCGAUGGAUGAGACCGUUUUGCCUGUGUUCGCAACUGGGGGAAACAGAUUCGAUAAUGGGGCCAUUUAUGUAGGUUCCUGGAAUAAAAAUGGACAGAUGCAUGGAGAAGGUCAGUUGCUUCUUCCAGAUGGAACUAAAUACGAUGGGUGUUUUGAAGAAGGCUUGUAUAAUGGUUUGGGUGUUCUAACAUUUUCAGAUUCAUCCAGAUACGAGGGAGAGUUUUAUCAAGGCUGGUUUCACGGAUACGGAGUGUUUUGGAGAUCAGACACUACCCGUCAUGAAGGUGAAUUUCGUGGUGGACAGAUCUAUGGUUUCGGUUUAACAACAUUCUCUGACAACACACAUGGUUUUCCGCGCAACGAGGGCUUCUUUCAAGAGUGUAAUUUGAAGAGGCGCAAGAAUUGUCCAGAUGUUGUGCAAAAGGCCCAGAAGGUGGCUUUUAUGGCACGAAAAAAGUUCGUACCAAAUUAGUAAAUUGUCAUGUGAAAUGUUGUGUUGUGUUGAAAUAACAAUAAACAAAUAUAUAAGAGUUAUAUAAAUUCAUUAGUUUUAUUACUUUUCACUCUUUUACCUGUCGAAAGGA